GAAGUUGUUGGCUGUUUGUGCGACUGCAGCGGGUGCCGGGGCAGCUUCCUGCAAGCUAACCGAGGCUAGCACCUCCCCCCUUCUCUCUCUGUGUGUUUGUGCGUGUGUGUGUGAUGUUUACCGUGUGUCACUGAGAAGAAAAAAAGGUUUGGAAAACACGAAAGAUGAAGCCGGAGGGUCCAGGAAACUUAAUGUCGCCUCUGAAGAAGAGGAUAAGCUAACGUUGAGAAACCCGGAAGUGGUGUUGCAGGUCCCAGCAGCUUUGAACACAAUGAGUGCCAAAUAUGGCAUCGUGAGCUACAACAGUUCACGGAAGCACAUUUCCAUUUCCGUCCCCCCCUCAACAGAAGUGAUGUCACCCCACAUAAAGUCUGUGGAGGAGCUGAGGGUUCUGGGAAUCAACCUGAGCAACUUCAGCACUGCUACACAGUUUUUGAUUUGUGUGGCUGGAGUUUUCCUCUUUUACCUCAUCUACGGCUACCUGCAGGAGCUGAUAUUUUCUGUGGAAGGAUUCAAGCCUUUUGGUUGGUACCUCACUCUGAUCCAGUUUGGCUUCUACUCCAUGUUUGGAUUAGUGGAGCUUCAGCUCACUCAAGAUAAACGCAGAAGGAUACCAGGGAAGACCUAUAUGAUCAUAGCAUUUCUGACAGUGGGAACGAUGGGCCUGUCCAAUACUUCUCUGGGCUACUUGAACUACCCCACACAGGUCAUCUUCAAGUGCUGUAAACUCAUCCCCGUCAUGAUUGGAGGAGUGUUCAUUCAAGGUAAACGCUAUAAUCUGGCUGAUGUGUCUGCUGCCGUGUGCAUGAGUCUUGGACUCAUCUGGUUUACACUAGCCGACAGCAAAGUGGCCCCAAGCUUCAACGUCACAGGUGUUCUCCUCAUUUCCCUGGCACUGUGUGCAGACGCCGCCAUAGGAAACGUGCAGGAGAAAGCCAUGAAACUCCACAACGGCUCCAACUCUGAAAUGGUGCUGUAUUCGUACUCCAUCGGUUUUGUCUACAUACUGACAGGCCUGCUCUGUGUGGGUGGGCUGGGCACAGCAGUGGCAUUCUGCUCAGAGCAUCCUGUGGUGACGUAUGGUUACGCAUUCUUCUUCUCUCUCACGGGUUAUUUUGGCAUCUCAUUCGUGCUGGCCUUGAUCAAGCUGUUUGGUGCCCUGGUUGCAGUCACAGUGACCACUGGAAGAAAGGCCAUGACGAUCGUGCUUUCCUUCAUGUUCUUCACAAAACCUUUCACUUUUCAGUACAUCUGGGGCGGCCUUCUGGUGCUGUUCGGCAUCUUCCUGAACGUUUACAGUAAAAACAGAGAUAAAAUGAAGCUGCCCUCCAUCAAGGACCUCAAGAGCUGGCUGCUCACUGGAAAGAAAGUUCAAUUUCUUUCACAAAAUGUAUAGGAGGCGCCCACAGGCAUCGUGGAAGUCGUGCACAGGCAGACUAUACGUCUGUUCAGACGUAGAGUUGCCCUCCCCUGUAUCAGGGGGAUAUGCUGAGCCCUGUGCCUGAGCCUCAUCACCACCAACACUGAGCCACGGAUGGGUAGACAGGGUUUGACGACCAAUCAGCCUCAGCAAUGGAUGACUUGAUAUAAUUAUGAUGGUAGAUGGAGUGUCUGUAUCCUGUCUGUGGAAGUACACCACUGGUGUAGAACUGUCUGAAACGACUCUUAUCUGCAGCAGAUUGAAGGAACUGUAACUGUCAAAGGGGAUCAAUGGCUGACGGGCUCUUAGAAAGCGAAGCCUCAGAGCCCCGCGGAAAACAUUCCCAACGACACGGAGGACAACACCAACAACUUGAAGACUCUCCAAAGGGAAGCCCGCGCCUUAGCACACCAAACCGCACAGUUUUGCACUGGAAAUGACGUGUGCACUAAAAGCCUUGGGAAAAAAACGAGCAUUUGGAAGGAAAGAGUCUGAAGAGACGUGUUGAUGUGUCGUGUCUGAAAUGAAUGUUCGAUCCUCAUCCUUAAAGAAAACACACCGACAAAGACUUGUUUGUCUCCGCACAAGCCAGAACUAUGAAAGAAAAUUGAUUAAGAUGAUAUUUGUCUUUAUGAAAGUGGCGUUUUUCAGAGUGGAUUUGUGACUUUUAGAUGACUAACAGAAAUCAUGAAAAAUAUUUGUUGUGUCAUCAUAUGGGGACAUUAAGGGGAAUGUGAUCAAACUGUACAUCAACAACAUCAACUACCAUUAUAUGUUAAUUACAUUUUUGGGUGAAAUACUACGGCCCCUUUUUACAAUAAAACAGAUUGAGAUAUUCAUUCAUCA